AUGGCAUGUUUUCAAUCUCGUGAACAUGGAAAUUUGUGUGUAGUGGGAUUCAUUCUACUAAACGCUUUUGCUUACUGCUUUGCCAAUACCAAACCCAGUACAACUUUAACUGAUAAUAGCCGUUGGAAAGUUGUGGACAUACAUACUUCAGGAUCAGAUUUAAGGCAACCCGAAUAUUACGAUACUCCUUACGGCAAUAGGAAGGAUUUCGUUACUUCGAGUUAUGAAGACAAGUACUCUGGCAAUAGCCCUUCAUACGGAACGAAAAAUCGGCUCGGAUUCACUCCAUUUAGUAGCGGCAGCAUAUAUACCCCCGGUGGUUUAUAUGAUAGGAGACCUUCAUUUGGGACUGCCCACCCAAUUGACUAUGGAGUACACGAUUAUGAGACUCCGUAUGAGUAUGCUCAACAUGGACAUGGAUAUGGCUUGAACUAUUUACAGGGCGGCAAGGAUAUAACGAGAACCGUCCUGAUACCGUUGGCAGGGGCGGCUCUUUUGGGAAUUGCUGCAGCGUUGGUGGCUAAUCCUGUAUUGCUGCAUUUGGGUGUUACUGCAGGAAAACGAAAGCGUAGAGAUGUUGAACCAGCGCAUAAUCUAGCCUAUCGCGCUCAACUACCACAGACACAUUUAUGA